AUGGUUGGGAAGUCCCUGAUUGCUGGUCUGGUGGUCCUUCUGGUGGCUGCGGUGAGCCUGUUCCUGGGGGUGUUCAUGGGCUUGGGGAAGAGAAACACGCCUCCCCCCUUGGACCACUUCUACUCGAAGGCCGCAGUGGCUGCUGACGCUGGAAAGUGUUCAGAAGUGGGGAGGGACAUCCUGAAGAAAAACGGUUCAGCCGUGGAUGCUUCCAUCGCCGCCUUGCUGUGUGUCGGCCUUCUGAACGCUCACAGCAUGGGCAUCGGAGGAGGGCUCUUCUUUGUCAUCUACAACGCUUCCACGGGGAGGGUAGAAACCAUCGACGCGAGGGAGACGGCGCCGAUGAACGCCACUGAAGACAUGUUUGGCAACAACACCAAGCUUUCCCGCACAGGUGGGUUGUCCAUAGCCAUUCCCGGGGAGAUCCGCGGUUACGAGAUGGCGCACAAGAGGCAUGGCAGGCUGCCGUGGAAGGACCUGUUCGAGCCCAGCAUCGCCUUGGCUCGCGACGGUUUUCCUAUCGGGAAAGCUUUGGCUCACGCCAUCUUCAAGAGCAAAGACUCCAUUCAGAGAGACGCCAACAUGUGUGAGGUGUUUUGUGAUUCUCAGAGAAACAUCCUGAAGGAAAACGAUAUUGUCAGAUUUCCAAAGCUGGCCGAAACGUACCAAAGAAUAGCCGAGGAGGGGCCCGACGUGUUUUAUAACGGCUCCAUGGCGCAGAGCAUCGUCGAGGACAUCCAGGCGGCAGGCGGCAUCAUCACCCUGGAUGAUUUGUUGGAUUACCAGCCGGUGCUGAACGAGAACCCUCUGAGGCUCAACGUCGGGGAAUACACCAUGCACGUCCCAGACGCCCCCUCCAGCGGCCCGGUGCUGGCACUCAUACUCAACAUAGUGGAUGGUUACAACUUCUCAGACACGAGCGUCUCUACGGCAGAGAAGAAGACUCUGACGUACCAUCGCAUCGUGGAGGCGUUUCGUUUUGCCUACGCCAAGAGGAGCCGACUGGGGGACCCACGCUAUCUCAAUAUCACCGAUCUCAUCCACAACAUGACCUCAGACUACUUCGCUGACGGCAUCAGGAGUAAAAUUACAGACGACACCACCCAUCCAGACAGCUACUACGAGCCGGACUACUUCGUCCCAGACAACCACGGGACGGCUCACCUGUCGGUCAUAGCCGAGGACGGAAGCGCCGUGGCUGCCACCAGCACCAUUAACCUCUACUUUGGUUCCAAAGUCAUGUCUCCAUCGACCGGAAUCAUUUUCAACGAUGAAAUGGAUGACUUCAGCUCGCCGUACAUCACCAACGGGUUUGGAAUCCCGCCUUCGCCGAACAAUUUCAUCCAACCAGGCAAGAGGCCGCUCUCCUCCAUGUGUCCGACCAUCAUCUUCGACAAAGAAAACAGAGUGAAAAUGGUCGUUGGAGCGUCCGGAGGCACAAAAAUCACCACGGCAACAGCCUUAGUCAUCCUGAACUCCCUGUUCUUCAACUACGACCUAAAGAAAGCUGUGACGGAGCCGCGAGUUCACAACCAGCUCAACCCCAAUAUGACAGUCGUGGAGCAGGGCUUUGAAAAGAGCGUCCUGGACGGUCUGGUCCUGAAGAACCACGUAACGCAGCUGCUGCGGACUCCGGACUCGGUGGUCCAGGCGGUGGUGCGGCAGGGAGAGCGUCUGUGCGCAGAGUCGGACCCCAGGAAAGGAGGCUAUCCGGCGGGAUACUGACCCCGCGACUCCCCAGGGGUGUGGGGGGGCCCCCUUUUUCUCUGCUGCUCUCGGUGCAGACAGCCUCCUCAAAGACAGACGGACAGAGCCACAAAAGGCGGAGUUUAAAAAGCUGAGGAGACGCAGCCGACGGGAAAAUGACUCCAUUACGAAAAAAACCUCUUUUACUCAGACUCUCCCUGUUUUGGCAUUAUUUUUGAGUUUUGAAGUAAAAUAAGAGGUUGCACCUAGUUUGACUCCUGUAUCCUCACUACUGGACGCUGGUCAGGACGGCCGAAACACAUCAGCUUUAUAUCAUAAAUCAUGUAUGAGAGAGUAUCCAACAUAUUAAAAAAAAACAACCAAAUAAUUAGAGGAAUGUCAGAAUAAUAAUGUUCUUAGGUUUCAUCACCAUGUUUUUAAGGUAAGAAUCUGAGUGGUUGUAGGUUGUCCGUGUAGUAUUUUCAUUUAUUUUAUUGUCUAAGGAACAAACUAUUGUCUGAAA